UGCACUUUGGGCUUGAUUAUCAAUCGAAGCGACAUAGCGGAUUUGGUGGCAGAGACGCCACAUUGUUGUCCCGGAAUCAUAUGCCGCACCUUUAAAGAAUUAACUGUGCUCCACAGUGCCACGUUUUGUUUUUUGGGGGUUUUUUUCAGUGUGGUUGUUUUUAUGUUCGUCCUGUGCGAUCUAGCUGCUCGAACGUUUGGUCGUCGUGCUCCGAGCUUUGGACUUGCAGAGGCAUCACAAGUUGUCGACUUUCGACCGCUAGUUUACAAUUUCAAUGAGCAACAUGUGCUAAGAAGGAUUAUCCUUCGACGGAUCCCGUCUUGAAGCCGAAUAGGACGGAAGCGAAAUCCGAUUCGAAUCACUUUCCAUCAGCAAUCGUUUCUAUUUCAGCCUUGAUUUCUGCAGGAUUUUUUUCACUCUUUGGUGCCUCUCGGAGUGUGUUUACUAACUAAUGAUUAACCAAAAAAAAGAACUUUUCUGCUGACCUGAAAGUUGAUUUUGAAAUCAUUCAUCUUCUCCUGCAUUAACAAUGUGCCUGAAAUCUUCUUUAUAUGCUCUCUCCCUUUUCGCUUUCUUUCCUCAAUUCUGGAGUCAAGACACAUCAUCUGAACCAAAGGAUCUUUAUGCGGCUCUUGGAUCGUCUGUUGAGUUGCCCUGCGUGAACGGAAGAACUAACAGGUCAGAAUGGAGACUUAAUGGAUCAUUCCUGAUCUCGAGUCCUGUUCUUCGCUUACACAACACCAGCCUUGAUGAUCAGGGCUUCUACACAUGCCACGACUCAAACGGAGAAAUCGUUGAAACAGUACGACUGCAGCUGGGCUAUCCUCCAUCCCUACCAGACGUCCACUGCUGGUCACCGAGUUAUCCCCUAAAAGCCCUGUGCUCAUGGACUCUGCCGCAAGAUCCGAUACUACCAACCUAUUACAUCUCAACCUACAGGUAUCUUGAAGAUAUCUAUUCAUGCCAGAGACAGAGCAAACAGGACAGGCAAUGUGUUCUUGAAGAACUGGAUCUCUUCUCAAUCGUGCCGUACCUGGUUAACAUCACAGCUGUCAACGCUCUCGGGAGCAGAAGCCGUGUUCUGCCUGUAAUUUUGGAGGACAUUGUGAAGCCUGACCCCCCUGUUAACGUGAAGGUGACUGCUUUACCGGGCAAGAAGCUCCACUUGCAGUGGGCUCCUCCGCCAACAUGGCCAGACCCUGUCACCUUCCCCCUGAAAUACAAAGUGCAGUUCCAAUGGGGACACAAUGAUGCAACUAGUAUUAUGGGUCCCAUCGAGUCAGAAAGCAUGGUUCGCAGCGGAGUCAUGCCCGGACGGACGUAUCGUAUUCGUGUAUCUGUUAUGGACGUCUUGGGUCACGGUCAGAGCAGCGACUGGAGUGACACCGUGAACAUAACUUUGCCCAGGAGCUGACCCAAACCCAUACAGAGACAGAACAUGUCAACAAUACUGAGUCAUUUAGGGUGUUUUUACACCAUAAGUUUGAAUUAACUGGUCACACACAGUCUGUGAAACCUGAAAGAAUUCCAAGCUGUACACUACCAAGAUGUUUCAUCAGAUUGACAAAUUUAAAAAUAAAUAAAAUGAAAUGGGUGGGAAAAAA